ACAGAAAUCUCACUUAGUCAACUUCGGGAUUCGAACUAGCAAUUAUUCAGUUACGAGCCAGACGCUCUAAAUACUACCUGCCACCCCACAACACCGGUCAAUCACACCUCCUUCUCCUUGUGCUAUCGAGCGAGGACAGUUACGUUUAGAUUGUGACCAAUGUUAUAAGUUAUUUAUCCUCGCCCAUUGAAAUAAUUAGAAGGUUUGGCUGUUGACGUUGCGUUAGCCAGCAUACAACAGUUGUGACCCGGCCAUUCACGAUCCAAGAUCUCUGAAAACCAUGCACAUGACAACAGUAUCAUCUGGCGAGUAACUACAUAGCUAGAAACGAUCACCAUGGAUGGUUGUGGGGAAGGCAGCGGGACCAACAGACUGAUGGUGGAAAAGCUAUCCUUGUCCUGUGAUAGACUGCUAUCUCACCUACAGCUGGCCUGCUGUCCAUCUCACUGUGCCUCACCACUACAAGGAAAGGACCUGUUGAUACACUGUCUCCUGGACACAGAGCUGAAGGCCCUGCGACUGACUGGUCACCAUGGAGACAUCUCUGCCAUGGUGUUUGGGACAGGUAGAGACCCUCUCCUGCUCUGCUCUGCCUCUGCAGAUUAUGUCAUAGUCUGGGACAUCCGGCGCUGCUACAGGAGAACUAGGGAGGGGGUAGUUGCGUCUGGUACAGUUAUUGGGACACUACUGGGCAAGGUAGUCCAUCUGUCAUUUUGUCCCUGUGAUGAGCGAGUGGCUGCAUGCUCAGGGGUGAAAGUAUACAUACUCAACUCCAAUAUAGAGGAAGUGUUGUCUGUGCUGGCUGGCCACCUGGGACCUUUGACAGCAGCUGAGUUCUGUCCAUGGGACAAAGACAUCCUGGUGUCCAUAUCAGAAGACCGCACAUUUAAGGUUUGGGGAUUAAAAAUGGAACAGAUUCUCUAUCAGUCUGCUGUAUUGUCAGCAUCUCCACUACUCAGUAUGUUGUUCUUGGAGAAGAGCAGGCAGCUUGUCACUGGUUCUGCUGAUGGACAGGUGUGGAGCUUCACUCUUCCUGAGGACCACAGAUGUCAUUUGGUGACCAAAUUGGACCUUCACAAGGUGCAGCAACGACACCAAAGACACCUGGACACAGUGGCCCCACAGACUGGUGGUGUACUAGGAAUCACUCCAGACCCAGUGGAGACGGCAAAGCCAGUCCUCAGAAUUGGUCCUUAUCACAGACUUGACAUUGAUCAUGAGCAGCAGAGCUGGGUGUGGAUGGGAAGCUCUGAUGGCCUCUACCUGGUUGACCUGGGCACCUCUGAGCUCCACAUGACACUACUUUUCAGAGACCACCCCAACUUGAGCAUCACCAUGGCUGGAUCAUGGGCCAUGUCCCAAGGACUGGAUAACAGUAUGAUCUUUGUGGUGACCUCUCUAUUUGAGGCCCUGGUGUCUGUAUUGGAGGUGAGACUGCUGGGGUCAGGGUCCGUGGACAACCUCUGUCAGCACCUGGAGAGGCUCUCCGUCAUGCCCAGUGCCCCUCUGAUGCCUGAAUCUCCUCUCAACGCUGAGUUGAAAAAGAAGGGUCCUAAACCUCCCACAAAAACAGGGAAACGUGGUGUGAAGGAGCAGCCUCUAGUUUUCCACACACAGGUCAAGUCAUCAGGAUACACACAAUGUCCCCGAAUGACAAUGUUCUCACCCAAGACCAAUGUUCAGAAGAAGACCCCAGGACCUACAAAGACCAACAAGAAGAUAGGAUGUCUCGUUAGUGAAUACCCAGGAGACACUGCAGCACCCAGUGUCCCACACACUAACCUCAGCACAGUCAAAACCCCUACACCAGUUUGCUGUACCCAAUACUCAGGAGAUGGAAAGCAGAUUCUGUGUGGUCUGGGAGACAGAUCUGUAUUGUUGUACAAGUCCUCCCUCACUGGCACUCCAGCUGUUUACACAGGUCAUGACAAGGCAGUGAGCAGUGUGGCCUGGAGUCACAGCAGACAGUGGUGGCUGAGUGCCUCAGAAGACAGGACCCUCCGCAUCUGGCCCACAGGAAGUCCUGAGCCUGCCGUUACCAUGGGGGGUGAUGAGAAGUUCUCCAAAACCAUCCGGGGGGCUCAGUUCUACUACCUGGAUAAGUUCCUGUUACUGGCAUCUGGUCCCUCCCUACACCUCUACCUGUAUCACCUGGACAACACACAGGACGACAUUAAAAGGUACCAGCAGAGGAGUGCCAUCAAACUGACAAGAUGUUUAGAGACUAAGUCAGGAACAGACAUCACUGCUGUGUCAGUCAUCAACGACUUCUACUCCUACAUAGUGCUGGUGAGUGGUGCUGACCGCUCCAUCCAGGUGUUGGACAUGAACACAGGGACAGUGGCCUCACAGCACCCUGAUGCUCACAGCAGAGCUGUCCAUCACAUCACACAGAACAAGGGCUCUAUGUUCAGUAGCCAGACCCCAGACUCCUACAACCUCUUCCUGACCAGCGCAGUGACCGACGGAGUUAAGCUGUGGGACCUGAGGACACUCAGGUGUGUGCGGCGGUAUGAGAACCACUUGAAUCGUUGUCAUCCCUGCACCGCAGCCUUUUCACCCUGUGGACGAUUCAUUGCUUCUGGCUCUGAAGACAACUGUGCCUAUGUGUAUGACAUCCGCAGCAGCAGCUACCUCCACAAGCUCCAGAGACACUCCGACACCAUCCUCAAUGUGACCUUUAACCCUGCUACACCUGAGCUGCUGACCGGGACUCUGGACGGGAGGCUGAGUCUGUUCCGCCCUGGCAACGCCGCCAUCAGGGUCACCCUGUCAUGACAACCGGCUGGAUCCCAUUACAACAGGCAAGCGCAUUCAAACAUUUGAAAGAAAGCAAAUGCUAUAUGAACCCAGGUCUGGACCUGACAAUGACGCUUGUGUUAUUUACACCAUACUGUAAUGGGGACCAACGGGCCUCGUUAGCUAGAGAGCUUCCUUUUAUCCCAUUGGCUGUGAUCUCACAGUGAGGCUUUACAGAGGGAUGGAUGCCAGGGCCUGGAGAGUUACAGCAGCAUUACUGAGACCCAGGGGCUACAGUGACAUCACCAUCUGACUGCACCGCUCAGCAGCCUGCGAGUCUGACACGCAGACGUUACUACAUACUAACACACCCAUCCACAUGUACAGAUGUAUUUACAUUAGAAUGGAGACACACACAGACCUAGACAGAAAGAAAAGACUGGUAUGUUCAGUACAGAACUAUAUAUCACCUAUAUCCCAAAGGUACAGUAGGUGAAAUUUGAAUAUUCAAGAUUAAACUGAUUUGAAUGCAUACAGAAUGCUUAAUUGUUUUUGUGCUUCUUACUGUCCUUCUCCGUUCCACACUUCCAUAGUUCUGGCAAUUAGGCCUACUGCUCAGAUAACAUAUUUCUCCCCCCCUCUCCCUGUUGCUGAUGGUUUGAACAUACACUUAGUGUAUAAAACGUUAGGAACGUCUUUCCAUGACAUAGACUGACCAGGUGAAUCCAGGUGAAAGAUAUGAUCCCUUAUCGAUGUCACUUGCAACUCAAUAUAAGGAAGGUGUUCAUAAUGUUUGGUAUACUCAGUGUAUGGGGAAGGUACUGUCCUGUACUGUCUGGAUGGAACAAUGUGUAUGGUGGAGACAGUCAGGGUACUGUAGAUCAGAGGACAUCCGCUAGUGUUCUUGGCCACUAAAAGGGAACCAAUAUGGCAUCUCAGGUUUUUUUAUCGACUUUGUAAGGAUUAGGCAAAAGAUCAAUAGUCUGGUGUCGGUUCCUGUCAAGCUGAUGAAAUAAUUUAAAUGUUGAAAGAUAAUGAUUCAAUAAUUCUACUCUGAAACCUUAUAAUUGUAUGAAAUUGAUUAGAAACAUAAAAUUAUAAUCUUGUGUGUAGUUUUAGCCAGAAUUAGGUUAAACAAUGUAUCUGUAUAGUGGAAAAACACAGACUGUCUGAGCAAGGCGUAGCUCAGGAUUUGAACUUGUAUGUGGGGGCCGAAGAAAGAUACCGAGAACAGUUAAACUGUGUUUGGACCGACCUGGUUAGGCCUCUGAGGAACUUGAGGGCAUAGGGAGUACUUCUCAAGGUUUCCCUAAUCUCGGGGGAAUGGAAUUGUCGGCUGGGUAGUGAUACACAGUGGUGAGAACUAUGGAGAAGGAUAAAACUCACCUACUGUUUGUGUGGAAGUAUGUGCGUAGGAUAUAGAGGUCGACCGAUUUAUGAUUUUUCAACGCCGAUACCGAUUAUUGGAGGACCCAAAAAAAUCCGAUGCCGAUUAACCCGCCGCUUUUUUUUUCAACGUGUAUUUGUAAUAAUGACAAUUAUAAUAAUACUGAAUGAACACU